AGCCAUUCCUGCAAAAGAAAAAUGUUGAUGUGGACAGUUUCUUAGAGAUUCAGUUUGAGUUUUACGGUUUUAUUACCGUAACAGUUAAUUUGAUUAAGUGCAAACGGCGCGCAAUACAUAAUGGCAGGAUUUGACAGCAACCCGUUUGCAAAUCAACAAGGAGAUAACCCCUUUUCGCAGGGGCAACAGCAACCACCGCCGGCUCAGAGCCAGCCGGCGGUGGUGCCGGCAAAGCAGGACCCUCCUCCUUACACCCAGGCUGCCGCAAAGCCCAUAGACACGUCCGACCUGCAGAGAAGACAGGAGGAGCUGGAGCGGAAGGAGGCAGAGUUAAGCAGACGUGAGGCAGAGCUGGGCAGGCAGCCCCUGAACAUUCGACAGAAUAACUGGCCACCGGUGCCGGGCUUCUGCCCGUGUGGUCCCUGUUUCUACCAGGAGUUCAGUGUGGACAUCCCGACAGAGUUUCAGAACAUUGUCAAGAUCUUCUACUAUCUGUGGAUGUUUUACGCUUGCCUCAUGUUUCUCAACAUCCUCGGAUGUCUGGCCUACUGGAUCACCGGCGGAAGUCCGACUACGUUUGGACUUUCCAUCCUCUUCUUUGUGCUCUUCACACCGGCUGCAUUUGUGUGCUGGUACAGACCAGUCUACAAGGCAUUCAGGAGUGACAGCUCAUUCAAUUUCUUCUUUUUCUUCUUCAUUUUCUUCUUCCAAUUCGUCGUAUCAAUCAUUCAGGCUCUGGGCUUCAAUGGAUUUGGAACAUGCGGCUUCUUCAAUGGGUUGGAGACAGUAAGCAGAGGCACAACUGAGGGAUACGUGGUCGGAGCCAUCAUGUUUUUCCUCGGCCUCAUGUUCGGCAUUUCCGCCGUGCUGGAGUUCAUCGGCCUCGUGAGGGUAGGCGAGGUCGCGGGGUCAAUGCACGAGGUCACGGGUGGCUGGUUCAAUGCCAUUGGCCACACGAAGAUUAACAUCGUGGUUGGAGUGAUCAUGAUUCUCAUUGGCGUUGCGUACUCCGCGUUUGCGGCCACGUGCCUCGUCCUUCUGAUGAAGAAAUUGAAAAGGUUGAGAGCACCAGAGUAG